CUGGGAUCAGCGGCGGAGAGUGAGUGAGUGAGUGAAUGCGCAGGAUGCUGAGCUGAACAGCUGAUUCUGUGCAUUUAACCAGUAUGGACAGCUCUGUUCCGCAAACCUAGCAUCUAUCGCAGUAUAUAAAAGGGAGGCAUUUUCACUGAAGGCUACGAAAGAAAACGCACCAGCCUCACAAUGGAGCGUCUUCUUCAUUCACCUGGCCGGACACGGGAUGAGCACCGGUACCAAACACCGCGUCCUUCAUCACAACUCCUCUCAAGGUCUGCCUUCAGCUUCGGGUCUCCAGUUCCGCUCAGAGGUAAUGAAACCCUUAGCGAAUUCGCCGCGAAACCGGCCGACAGCUUCGAUUACUCAAGCAAAUAUGCAGGUGCGAUGAAUCUGAGGAAAAUCAGUGAGAAAGAAUUACUGCAGGGGCUCAACGAUCGCUUCGCGGGGUUCAUCGAGAAGGUUCACCACCUAGAGAACCAAAACAGAGCGCUGGAGAAAGAGAUUGAAGCCAUUAGACUCAGAGCCAAAUCAUCAACCUCUCUGUCCAAAGAGUAUGAGUCUGAACUCAGCAGUCUGAGGGAGCAAGUUCACGAGAUGGGCCUUCAAAAGCACCAGAUUGAGAUCAACCGCCAGAACCUGGAGGACGAGUUCAACACAUUGAGAGAAAAGUACGAGAGGGAGACUCGUGGUCGUGUUGAUGCUGAGGAUGGCAUUUCAGUUCUGAAGAAAUGCAUUAAUGAUGCCUACCUUGCCAAACAAGAGAUGGACAGAAAAGCCAGAGCUCUACAGGAAGAGAUCGGGUUCCUGAAGAAAAACCAUGAAAGUGAGGUAGCUGAAAUGAUGGCACAAAUCGAAGAGGGUCAUGUGACUGCAGAAAUAAGUGAUUUUAGCAGAAGCGAUGUCACUGCAGCUCUGAGAGGCAUCAGGAUGCAACUUGAAGGUCACUCUGGCUCUGACACCCGAUAUGCUGAGGAGCGCUUUCGAGCACAGUUCGCCAGACUGACCAAAGCUGCUGAGGUCAACAGGGAAGCGCUCAUGGCCACUAAAGCGGAGAUUAAUGAACACAGGAGACAGCUCCAGUCCAAGAACAUUGAGCUCGACUCCAUGAAAGGGGUGAGAGAAGGACUGGAGAGGCAGCUGUAUGACCUCGAGCAAAGGCACAAUGCUGAAAUCCAUCACUAUCAGGACACAAUCAGAGAGUUGGAAUUUGAGCUGAAAAACGCUAAAUAUGAUAUGAGCAGUCAUCUGAGGGAGUACCAGGACCUUCUCAACGUCAAAAUGGCACUGGAUGCUGAAAUCUACUCCUACAGGAAACUCUUGGAGGGUGAAGAGUCAAGGUACUCUAUAAUCUCAGAUGCACAUAAUUCAGUACCAUACAUUUACAGACAGUCACCCAUCUAUACUCUCCCUUGUGUCAAAAGGCAGGGGGGAGCACCCCGAAAGGCAGAGCCUCAGUACAAAUUUGUUGAAGAGAUUAUUACAGAAACAACCAGAGAAGACGUGGAAAUCUCGGACACUGGCUCUGAAAAGAGUGGAGAGGGCAGAGUGGAUGACAAACCAGAUGAGGAAAGUAGUGAGAAAGAUGCUGAAACUGAACAAGAGGCAGAAGAUCCCGAAGAACCUGCUGUGGUGAAUGGCACUGAAGAAGCAGAGACCGAAAAUGAAGACAAACCAAGUGAUGAAAAAGAGGAUGAGCCAGUUGAGGAAAGUCCUAAGGGACAAAAAGAUGCUGACUCUGAACCAACGCGAGAAUCAAUGCCUACAGAAACAGACAUUGAUGAAGUAGGUAAAGAUGAGGAAACAGGAACAAAAGGCACUGAGCACAAAGACCAGAAGGUGGACACAAAGGGAAAAGAAGCACCUGAAGAAGAAGAUGUGAAAAAGACAGAUGAACCAAUUAAAGAAAAAGAGCUCCCCAAAACUGAAGAGCGAGAAAUGCCUGAGAAAUCUGAAGACAAACCAUCUCUGGAGCAUAAAACAUUAGUGAACACUAAGCCCAAUGGAGAGACUGAAGUUACUUCUCCAAAAACCGAAGUUGCCAAAAUCUCUUCUCAAGAUUCUGCAACUGCAAAAUCACCAGAAAAAGAGAAAGAAACAUCCCCAGUGCAACCUGUAGAGAAAGAUACUCCCAAACCUGACAAACAUGACCUUGAUAAACUGACUACCGAAGAAAAGACUUCUGCAAAAAUAGCAGUAGUGGAGGAAAAAUCUGAAAAAGACCUAGAGGAUAAUAACAAACAGCCAGAGAAACCUGUGGAGAAAAAAGAGACUGAAUCAAAGGAGCAAAAAUCUGAGGAGUCCACAAAAGAUAGCAAAGCUGCUAAAGUGAUAGAUGAUGUGAAAACAGAAAAAGAUGACGGUAUUAAGUCUAACAAAGCAGAAAAGGAAAAGGUAGAAGAACAGUCAAAGAAACAGGAGGACAGCAAAACCGAUGGCAAUGUAGAGACUGUGCCAAUUGAAACUACCAAGGAAAAAGAAACAGAAAAGAAGCAAGAAGACAUUCCCAAAGAAAAGUCUAAGACAGAGAAGGAUGACAAAAGUGACAGUGCAGGCAAUGCCAAUACUGAAAAAGAUGAUCGUGCCGCACCUAAAGAAACUGAAAAGACACAGCAGGACCUUCCCAAGGUUGCGGAGGGAAAAUCACAACCUGAAAAGUUGCAGGAGAAACAGGAAGACAGCAAAAGUGACUAUGUAAAAGCAGAACUUGCUAAACCUAAAGAAACAGAAAAGACACAAGAAGACCUUCCUAAAGCCGCUGAAGAGAAGACACAACCUGAAAAGUCUCAGACACAGGAGAACAGCAAAAGCGACAGUGCAGGCAGCACCAAAACCAAAAAGCUUGAAAGUGAUGCAACUAGAGAAACUGGAAAGACACAAGAAGACCUUCCUAAAGCCGCUGAAGAGAAGACACAACCUGAAAAAUCUCAGACACAGGAGAACAGCAAAAGUGACAGUGCAGGCAGCGCCAAAACCAAAAAGCUUGAAAGUGAUGCGACUAAAGAAACUGGAAAGACACAAGAAAACCUUCCUAAAGUCACAGAAGAGAAAUCUCAACCUGAAAAGCCACAGAAACAGGAAAACAACAAAAGUGACGCUGUAAAACCAGAGAAUAUUGAACAUCCUAAACCUACGGAAACAAAGGACAAUUCCAAAGGCAUGGAACCAAAAUUGGAAGAGGUAAAGUCAGAGAUAAAGGAUGAUGCUAAAAGUGACAGUGUGGACAUCAACAAAACAGAAACUACUAAACCAGCAAUACCUAAAGAGACUGAGGAGAAGCGAAAAAAGGAGGACAGUGAAAGUGUUAGCGCUGCCGAAAGUGUGAAAACGAGCAAAGAUGAAGCUAAAACAAAGGAAAAAGCGGUUGAUGAGACGCAGAGUACUCAAUCUCCCAAAACCCAAGAACCGUCAUCUGAAGCAAAGCCUGAACAAAAGGACACUAACGAAGGCAAAGGGAAGAUGCCUGAAAAAGCCGAAGAGGUGAAUACUGUGACGACCAAAGGCAGCAAAGAUGUUAAGGGUGAAGACACUGUCCCAAAAGACAAAGCAGGUGAAGUGAAGGCUCCAGCAGCAACCAAAACAGAAGACAAAACUGUGGAGAAGUCAGAUCAAGUCAAAGGGACCGAGAAGACAGACAGCGUAGACACCAAAGCUUCUUAAACCUUCUUAUGUAGUAUCGAAUAUAAAUAGCAGAACAUUGUUAAGAAAAGACAGUAAGCAGCCUUGAUGAAUGUAACAUAAAUGACACGCAUGAAUCGUAUAAAUGCUUUCUCAAAAGUCUUACGUUUCCGAUGCAGAUGCAUGCGUACACUGUGAUCUAGGUGUACAUAAAGAAUGUAUAAGAUUUUAUUUUGCUACAUCCCUUGCUCCAAAAAGCCAUAUGAAUGUAUGACUGUAGUGCUUUACAGUAUCUGAAUAAAUAUUGCAGCAUAUCAGUG